AUGGCGGCCACCACUGAUACCAAGAACUACAAGUUCAACCACUCGAUGAUUCGAGUCAAGGACCCCAAGGAGUCUGUCAAGUUUUACGAGUUCCUAGGCCUCAGCGUCGUGAAACGACUUCAAUUCCCCGAGGCCAAGUUCGAUCUGUACUUCUUGGGCUACGACUCUCCCAAUGCCGUGUCUCAUGGGAACAGCGUUUUUGACAGGGAGGGUCUCAUUGAGCUGACUCACAACUAUGGUACCGAGAAUGACCCCGAGUACAAGAUCAACAACGGCAACAAGGAGCCUCAUCGCGGAUUCGGCCAUACUUGUAUCGCUGUCGACAACAUCCAGGCUGCUUGCCAGCGCAUUGAGGAUGCCGGCUACAAGUUCCAGAAGAAGCUUUCCGACGGCAGAAUGAGAAACAUUGCCUUUGUGCUUGAUCCUGAUGGCUACUGGGUUGAGAUCAUUGCCCGAAACGACUACAAAGAGACUGAGGACAUCAAGGAGACGGAUGUGUCCACUUAUACCAUGAACCACACAAUGAUCCGCGUCAAGGAUGCCAAGAAGUCUCUCGCCUACUACAAGGAUGUUCUCGGCAUGGCUCUUUUCAGAACCCUCGAGAACCCUGACGCCGGCUUCAACCUCUACUUCCUGGGCUACCCUGGGGACCAGCCUUUCACCGAGGGCCAGAACCAGAGCGACAUUGCCCGUCGCGAGGGUCUUCUCGAGCUGACCUGGAACUAUGGGACUGAGAAUGAUGAGAACUUUAGCUACCACGACGGCAACAAGGAGCCCCAGGGCUUUGGUCACAUCUGCGUCUCGGUCGACAACCUGGAAGCUGCCUGCCAGCGAUUCGAGGAUCUCAACGUCAACUGGAAGAAGAGACUCACAGACGGACGGAUGAAGAAUGUGGCUUUUUUGCUGGACCCCGAUGGCUACUGGAUUGAGAUUGUGCAGAACGAGAGGUUUUCUGGCCAGGACAACUUUUAG